CCAGCUGCUAGGGCGGAGGACCCCCCGGAAACCUUCAAGGCUCCAGGCAGGGAUACGCCAGGAGGAAAGACGCCUCAGGAUAGGAGUGUUCGUUUGCUGAGAAUGACCCCACGCAGGAGCCCUGGGCCCGCUGGGAUCCCAGCCAGCACAAAGCAGGCUUCUGGUUUCCUCCUGCUCCGGAGCCCUCGGACCCCCUGCCCCGAGCAAGGUGAGACUCCAGGCUGGUGUCCGAGCAGUUCUCCCAGGCCCCGCAGAAGCUGGCCUCCUACAACUGGUACGGCAGCGCCCGGCUCUUCCACUUCCGUGUGCCCCCGGACACGGUGCUGCUGCACUGGCUGCUGCAGGUCACCCGGGGCAGCGGCCCCGCCUGCAGCAACGUGGAGACCACCGUGUACUUCCGCUAUGGCGCCCCUCCUGUGAUCAACCCACUGGGGACCAGCUUCGCCAACAAUACCUCCGUGCAGCCCUCCUUCCUCCUCAAGAUGCUGCAGGACAACGCCUCUUUCAAUGUCUCCUACCCAGCACCUGGGGACUGGUUUGUGGCCGCCCACCUGCCCCCCUCCUCCCAUAAGAUUGAGGUGAAGGACUUUAUUCCCACCUGUGCCUACAUCUUCCAGCCGGACAUGCUGGUCGUGAGAGUGGUUGAGAUGUCCAUCCUGAAGCCUGACGUGCCCCUCCCACUAGUCCUCCUCUCCCAGCCCAGCUACCUCAAAGUCUUCGUCCCCAAGCACACCCAGGAGCUGCGGCUGGAGCUGCAGGGCUGUGUGUCCAAUGGGAGCCUGGGCUGCCCUGUGCACCUCACCGUGGGCUCCGCCACCCUGCCGGGAAACUUCCAGAAGGUGCUCACUUGCAGCGACCCGACCACGGCCUGCCGCCUGCUGCUGCCCUCACCACCCUGGGAACGGUGGAUGCAAGUGACGGCCAAGAGCCUGGCAGGGCCCCGCGUGUUGGUGACGUUUAGUGCUGUGGCUGCCCUCACAGCCUGCAGACCGUGGACUGUGAACCUCCAGCACCUUCUGAAUAGCUCAGACCAAAGCAGCAACGCCUCCACGGGCACGCCGCUCCCGAGCCCCAACACCCAGGACCUGGACCAGAGUGGCAAGGCGGGCAGUGGCCCCUUCUGCUUCAGGAACUUCCCCAUCCUGCGGGAAGACAUGGAUGUGGUGUCCGUGCGCUUCCGGCCCCUGGACAGGGUCUCGGUGCUCGUGCAGUCGGACGUGCCCUCGGUGAUGCAACUGCACCUCAACACGGGCAUGGACAGUGGGGGCUCCCUCAGUAUCUCCGUGAGCAUCAACCAGACUGUGAUUGCCAACAACACUUCGGUGGUGGCCUGUGUGACCGCCGGCUCGCCCUUCCUCAGCUUCAACACUUCGCUCAACUGCACCACAGCCUUCUUCCAGGGUUACCCCUUGUCCCUGAGUGCCUCGUCUCCCACGGCCAACCUCAGCAUCCCCUACCCGGAGACAGACAACUGGUACCUCUCCCUGCAGGUCCUCUGCCCUGAGAGGCCUGAGGAGUGUGUGCAGGCCUCAGUCCUUGUGGAGACCACCUUGUACUUGGUGCCUUGCCUUAACGACUGCGGACCCUACGGCCAGUGCCUUCUGCUGCGCAGACACGGCUACCUGUAUGCGGGCUGCAGCUGCAGGGCAGGCUGGCGUGGGUGGAGCUGCACAGACAACAGCACGGCCCAGACUCUGGCCCAGCAGAAGGUAGCCACCCUCCUGCUCACCCUGAGCAACCUCCUGUUCCUGGCCCCUAUCGCCAUCUCCGUGCACCGCUGCCUUCUGGUGGAGGCCUCAGUCUAUGCCUACACCAUGUUCUUCUCCACGUUCUACCACGCCUGCGAUCAGCCGGGCGGCGCUGUGCUCUGCAUCCUCAACUACGACACGCUGCAGUACUGCGACUUCCUGGGCUCCGGAGUGUCCAUCUGGGUCACUGUCCUCUCCAUGGCCCGGCUGAAGGCGUCCCUGAAAUACGUCCUCUUUAUCCUGGGCACUCUGAUCUUCGCCAUGUCCUUGCAGCUGGACCGCAGGGCCGCCUGGAACACGAUGGGGCCUUGCCUCUUUGCCAUCGUGGUCAUGGUUACCAUGUGGGUGUACCGCUGCGGCCGCCGGCGCCACUGCUACCCCCCCUCCUGGCAGCGCUGGGUCUUCUACCUCCUGCCCGGCCUCUCCAUGGCUGCUCUGGCCCUCAGCAUCUAUGUUUCCAUGAUGACCAGUGAAAACUAUUACUACACCCACAGCAUCUGGCACAUGCUGCUGGCAGGGAGCGCAGCCUUCCUGCUGCCGCCAAGGGACCAGCACGCCGAGCCCUGGGCCUGCGCCCAGAAGCUCAGCUGCCGCUACGAAAUCUGCAAGAACCACCGGGACGAGCUAUACACAGUGACGUGACAGCCGCCGUGGGGGGCACCUGCAGCUCUGCUGAUCCCUCCAGCCACAGGGG